UACCAAGGGGAGCACAAGCUCCAUCAAAAGCAAUAUAAGACCAUAGUGGCUGGUCAUUGUCAGAAGUGGAAACUCAGAUAUGAAGACAAGACAGCCCAACCAUCCAUCAGUCCAAUGGGCCAGCCCGUUGAGGAGAGCUUUGCUGCUGUCUCUCCUUCUCUGUGAUCCUCUCCAUGUGGCUUCAGACUCUGAUGAGGAGGUGCAGGGGCCAUCAGAGUGGCUAACAUGGAAGAGGAGCAACGGUGUAUCCUACGACGAGAAGGCGGAGGACAUUGAGAGGAAGACUAUUUGGGAGAACCACUUGAGGAUGAUUGAGGACAAUAAUAUCAAUUUUCGUAGAGGGACAAAGAUGUUUACCAUGUCCAUGAAUAAAUAUGGGGACUUGAAAACACAAGAAUACAAGCGUUUGCAGGGUGCUAUUAUAAAUAGCAAAAUAAACCGAAGAGGAAAAAAUGCAUCAGCCCGAAAGCUCCGUGCCAGUGCUCGAAAGUUAGCGGCUGUUAAUGUUGACUACAGGUCCACGGGCUAUGUCACUGAAGUCAAAGACCAGGGAUAUUGUGGCUCCUGUUGGGCCUUUAGCACUACAGGAGCUAUUGAAGGGCAAAUGUUUAAGAAGACAGGGCAGCUGGUGUCCUUAAGUGAGCAGAACCUGGUGGAUUGCUCCAAGCCCUAUGGCACCUAUGGCUGUAGUGGGGCCUGGAUGGCCAAUGCUUAUGAUUAUGUGGUUCAGAAUGGGCUUCAGUCCACAGACAGCUAUCCCUACACAUCAGUGGACACCCAGCCCUGUUUCUAUGACAGCACUCAGGUUGUUGCCAGGAUCACUGACUACAGGUUCACACCAGCUGGUGAUGAACAAGCUCUGGCUGACGCUGUGGCAACCAUUGGCCCAAUCACCAUCGCUGUGGAUGCAGAUCACCCAAGCUUCAUGUUUUACAGUUCAGGAAUAUAUGAGGAGCCAAGCUGUAACCCCAAUAACCUCAGCCAUGCGGUACUAUUGGUUGGCUAUGGUUCUGAACGGGGAAAAGAUUAUUGGAUCAUCAAAAACAGUUGGGGUACUGGAUGGGGAGAAGGUGGCUAUAUGCGAAUGAUCCGGAAUGGCAGUAACACGUGUGGCAUCGCAAGCUAUGCUCUGUUCCCGAUUUUAUGAACUAAAUAGAUGAUAAAGUGCCAGACAGAACACAUCAUCUUGAGUUUGAUAUGUUAAUAAAAUAAAAUAUUGAUGGUUCCAAAUAUUGGGUAUUUGACUGUACGUACUGCACGUUCUGAGUAAUCCUAUGGCUGUAUUGCACUGUGAUAGAAAA